UCAUUACUCUCUGGUGUCCCCUCACUGCCCUCUGAUGUCCCAUUACUCCCUGGUGUCCCCUCAACGCCCUCUGGUGUCCCCUCAAUACUCUCUGGUGUCCCCUCAUCACCCUCUGGUGUCCACUCACCGCCCUCUGAUGUCCCCUCACUCUCUGGUGUCCCCUCAUUACUCUGUGGUGUCCCCUCACUGCCCUCUGAUGUCCCAUUACUCUCUGGUGUCCCCUCAUCACUCUCUGGUGUCACCUCACUGCCCUCAGGUGUCCCAUUACUCUGUGGUGUUCCCUCACUGCCCUCUGAUGUCCCCUCAUCGCCCUCUGGUGUCCCCUGCAUACUCUCUGGUGUCCCUUCACCACCCUUUGAUGUCCCCUCAAUACUCUCUGGUGUCCCCUCAUCACCCUCUGAUGCCCCCUCACCGCUCUCUGGUGCCCCUCAUUACUCUGAUAUUCCCUUAUCACCUUCUGGUGUCCCGUCACAGCCCUCUGGUGUUCCCUCAUCACCCUCUGGUGUCCCUUCAUCACUCCAUGAUGUCCAUUACUCCCUGGUUUCCCCUCACUGCCCUCUGAUGUCCCUUCAUUACUCUCUGGUGUCCCCUCAUUACCCUCUGGUGUUCCUUCAUCUGCUCCAUGUCCUCUACUCUUUCUACUAGCAAAGACCAGUGACUGCAGCAUGG